CGACAAGUUCCAAAUCAAGCAAUCAAGUCAAUAUGUCGGGUCAAAAUGAAGCGCUGCAGAAGAUGCUGCAGGAGAUCAGCCAGAAAAAGGCUUUCGCUGAGCAGCAACUCCUGAUCGUUCGCCAGCAGAAGGCAGCGCGUACACGAGAGGGGCGCAUGCUGGAGCUGACAUCGGCUGAGGUUUCUUCGCUGCCAUCGGAGACAAAAGUCUAUGAGGGUGUUGGAAAGAUGUUCGUUUGCACACCAAUUCCGGAUGUGCAAAAGCGUCUUGAGGCGGAAGAGAAAGCAAGAAAGGCUGAGAUGAUCAAUUUGGCUAAGAAGGAGGACUACCUGGAGAUGACCUACAAGAAUAGCAGUAACGCGAUCGAGGAGGCACUCAAGAGGCAGGGCUGAAGCGGGGUAACUCAAUCAGAGGGACUUUGAGUAGCGAUGUCAAAAGCAUGCAGAAGAAGUAGGUGGACUGUGUAAUGGCUCGAUUUCAGAGUGGAGCACUUCAUCAGCGACAGUAUCACCUCAAGUUAGCCCAGUUGGGAUUUUGGAGAGGCUCGCAUCACCAAGAGCGCCAGGCAUUAUGGCUGGGCCCACCGCAAUUCAUGAUACGCAUAGUAGAGCCAGGAGGUGGUUGAGUAUACCAAAAUAAGAAUUUCCGGAAUUCUGCAGAGAUCCUGUCUUAACAAGCAGUCCACAUUGCGCUGUCACAGAACGGACCGCCG